AUGGCCGCCACCAAUCCACCUUCAACGGCCCAUGCCGCCAACUCCGGUCCCACUGUCGUACUGGAGCUUCCGCUGCGUAACAGCUGUGAUGCUUGUGCUUCGGCCAAGUUGCGGUGCACCAAGGAGAAGCCGACCUGCCACCGCUGUGCCAAACGAGGCUUGACCUGUGAGUACGUGGCCAUCAAACGAGCCGGCAGAAAGCCUGGCAGUCGGUCAAGUGUCAAUGAAGGCUCUACCAACUCCAGCACGGGCCGACCACGUCCACCGCAGAGAACGCAGUCGCUACAGGGCGGCACCGGGCCCAGCUCUACAGACAAGCUGAACGAACAACUUGUCAUGCUCAACCAAUCUCUUCCCACGACCUUCGUCGACCUGGACACAGCCUCGGAUGUUUCUUUCACCAUCGACGGACCCGAAUUCAAUUUUCUCAACACGGCAGAGCUGUUGUCAAGCCAUGUCGAUGGCGGGGCCAGCAAUUGCAGCUGUGGCAGUCUCAGCAGCGCCAGCGCGAGCUGCGAUAGCAAUGACGGUGGCGGAUGUAACAGGCAUGACAGUUUUUCGACUGCUUUGCCCAACCUCGAAAGUACCGUGCCGGAGUUUUUGGCGCUCUCCUCACCCAAUGCUGCGGCUUGGAAUACCGCGUUCCCAGAGCUGGAACUGACCGAAACGUCGUGUUCCUGCCUCGCCGAAGCGACAAGUUUCAUCACACGGUUAUCCCUUUUGUCGUCAACCGUCUGCAAUACCUGGGCCAUACUCGAUCUGGAUAACGUCACGAUCCUCCGAGUGGUUCUGGACGUGGUCGAACAGAACAAGGUCACAAUCAACGCGGUGAGCGCCAUCUUGAACUGCCCCAACUACCACGACGGCUGUCUCCUCGCCAUAAUCUCAUUCGUCAUCUUCAAAAUGCUGAGCCUGUACGCCGCGAUUGCGUGCAAGGACCCUAAUCUGCAAGACCUCCCACAGCCCAGUCUCGCGCGCCCGAUGCCGCAAUUAGAGUCGGCGAUCCCCAGCCCUGCCGGCCUCGUGGAUAACUACAGCAUGGAAAGAAGUGAUCCCCAACACAUGGCCCGACGCAUUGUCCUCGGCGAGCUGCAUCGCUUGCGCCAUCUGAUUGCGCAACUUGUGGAAAAACUCAAGUCUCAGUCAGUAACACAGGAGAGCGGAGAAGGCGGAAAGACACAGGAGAGUAUGGAUCUCGAUUGCGAGAUGAGGGCGCCUCUGUCUACAGUCAUGUACGAACAGUUAGACCUCGAUCUCCGGCGACGACUGAAAGCACUCUCAUGGGCCAUCGUGGAUCGCAUGACCCGGCUCUAG